CCAAAACUUGAACAUCUUUGUUAAAGAUCUGGUCGGUGAAGACGACGAUUAAACUGAGGCCGUGAGAGCGAAGAACGACGUCCUUUCCUUUCCUUGUGAUUCGAUCCUUUCAAGUACGAUAUCUCCCACCUGAUCCGUUCUUUUGGACGGUGAGGAAAAACACUUUUACUGGAUCUGAAAUGUUUCUUGUUUCAGUGAAGCCAUUCUUUAGCGUUCUUCUUGUCACUCUUUCUUUGUCCUUGGCGGUGCUUCUUUUGUCGCCCCCCUCUUCGUUUUUCUCCCCUACUUCAUUCUCUUUUACUAAUGAACGAAGCUACACGGAUAUAUGGAGUGUUCGAAGGAUAGUAGAGUGGAGGCCUUGCAAGUGGUGGCUUCGAGGUCACCUACCUGCUCUACCUGCUGAUAGCAAUGGAUAUAUACGAGUGGAUUGCUAUGGUGGGCUCAAUCAGAUGAGAAGAGAUUUGUGUGAUGGAGUUGGCAUAGCACGGCUGUUGAAUGCAACCCUGGUUUUGCCAAAGUUUGAAGUGGCUGCAUAUUGGAACGAAUCUAGCGGUUUUGCAGAUGUAUUUGAUGUUGACUAUUUCAUUGGUCAGAUGAAUGGUUAUGUGAAAGUUGCCAAAGAGUUACCCCCAGAACUUGCGUCCAAAGAGCCGUAUCAUGUGGAUUGCAGCAAACGCAAAGGACAGUUUGACUAUAUUGAAAGUGUCCUUCCUUCCCUAUUGGAACAUCAUUAUAUUUCAAUAACUCCAGCAAUGAGCCAGAGAAGGGACAGGUAUCCCCAGUAUGCAAAAGCUGCCCUUUGUCAGGUUUGUUACAAUGGUUUACGCCUUGCUAAACCGGUGGAGAAGAAAGCCAGGGAGCUUCUAGAAGCCAUACCAAAACCCUUUCUCUCUCUUCAUCUUCGUUUCGAGCCAGAUAUGGUGGCUUACAGCCAAUGUGAAUAUAAAGGACUAUCUCCUACUUCUCUAGAAGCAAUAGAAGAAACUCGGGGAGAUAGAAAACCAUGGACCGGCGAGUUGGCUGAAAUAUGGAGGAAGAGGGGGAAAUGUCCUCUCACACCCCGUGAGACAGCCCUCAUAUUUCAAGCGCUUCAUAUUCCAACUAACACAAACAUUUACUUGGCUGCUGGUGAUGGUUUGAUGGAGCUAGAAGGCUUUACAUCAGUUUAUACCAAUGUAGUAACUAAGUCUAGUUUCCUCACUAGCGACGAUUUCUCGAGCAUGCAUGGGAACACAAAAGCUGCGCUGGAUUAUUACGUGUCAAUUAACAGUGACUACUAUGUAGCCACGUUCUUUGGAAAUAUGGACAAAAUGGUUGCAGCAAUGCGAGCAUUCAACGGUAAGCAGAGAACGUUGUUCUUAAGUAGACGAGCAUUUGCAGAGUUCACUUACAAGGGGCUUGAGGGGAAGGAGCUAAACCAAGCCUUGUGGAAGACUCAUAGAGAUGAUUUUGCCAUGGGCAGGGGAUCGGCAUUAUCCGACUGUUUUUGUGAGUUCAAAUUGUGAUUUCAAGAAACUCAGAUUUGUUAUUUGUGUAUGUAACCACUUUCCCUUUCUAAUUAAUGCUUUAGUAAAUCUACAAUCUCCAAAUGUUUGAGAAUAGAUUCUUACCAGUUAAAAUUGUAACCCAUCUUUUGAUAAAAGUAGACUACGGUCAUUUUGAUUACAAA